AGAAGAGGUCAGCUUCAAUUUUGACUCUCCUCCAAAACAGAGAGACAAAGUAAGCCAAGCGUCAUUGUUUUAGUCCACCACCACGUUUAAGCUCGACGCACACAGAGAGAACAACAACAAGAAGAAGAAGGAUCCUUCAAAGCUCUCCUUCGUCUUCUUCAACUACUAGAAACCUUCGUUUUCGAUUCAAUUGCAUUGCGUUUGCGAAGUUUUGGUGAUUCGAUUUGAUCAGAUCUUCGAUUUUGAAAUCGAAGAAUUUUAAUCGGAUGGAGAUGGUUUUGGAGGAGAAAGAUGCUUCCGAUUGGAUUUAUAGAGGCGAAGGUGGUGCUAAUCUCGUUCUUGCUUACGCUGGAUCAUCUCCACUUUUUGUGGGGAAAGUGAUUCGUAUACAGAAGGCUCGGAGGAAUGAUAAAGCACAUAUGACUGCGAAUGGCGUUGUUUCGGUUUUAACAAGCGAUGAGCAACUUCUGUGGAGGGAAAACAAAGAGCUGAUUUCAUCACCAAACAAGGAAGUUCUUGAACAAAGAUAUGUUAAGAAUGUGAUUAUUCCACUCUUGGGUCCUAAACAUGUUGAUGCAGGAGUACGUGUUUCUGUGUCCAAGGAAUUUCUUGAGUGUGUUGAUAAGAAAGUAACUAAGCAACGUCCGCUAUGGCGUGUUAAUGCAGCACAUGUUGAUACAAGUCAUGAUUCUGCACUUAUUUUGAAUGAUCAUUCACUUUUCUCUCAUGGUAUUUUUAGCAUUGGUGAUUGCAUUAGUAUUGAAAUAAAGCCCAAAUGCGGAUUUCUUCCAACCUCAAGGUUCAUAGGUAAAGAAAACAUGCUGAAAACAAGCGUAAGCCGUUUCAAAAUGCAUCAACUCUUAAAGUUGGAAUAUAACGAGAUAUCUGAAGAAAGUGAAUAUGAUCCUCUUGAUCUGUUCUCUGGAUCCAAAGAGAGAGUUUUAGAAGCUAUAAAAGCCUUAUAUUCUACUCCCCAAAACAAUUUCCGUGUAUUCUUGAAUGGUUCUCUCAUAUUAGGGGGUUCAGGUGAAAGCACAGGGAGAACCAGCCCCGAGAUCGGGUAUGCCUUUGAGGAUACUCUCAAAGGUUUCAUUCAAUCAGAAGACGGUCAUAGGACAAAAUACUUUCUACAGCUAGUAUCUGACGCUGUCUAUAGCUCAGGAGUGCUCGAUAGACUUCUUGAAAUUCAGAAGCUAGACAAAUUCGACAUUGAAGGAGCGAUUCAUUCGUAUUACGAUAUUAUCAACCAGCCUUGUGCUAUAUGUAAAGAGAGUGGGCCACUGGAGGCAUACUCAUCUCUACAUACUUUACCGUUAGAUGAAAGUUUAAAGAUCGUGAAGGACUAUCUGAUAGCUGCAACUGCCAAAGACUGUAGUAUUAUGAUCAGUUUUCAAUUAAGGAAUGCUUGGGAUUCAGAACCUUCUUGUGAUUAUGUCUCUCUAAAACCGACCAAUCAAACGUUUGAUUACAAGGUACAUUUCAUUGAUCUAAGCCUGAAACCACUGAAGAGAAUGGAGGCAUACUACAAACUGGAUAAGAAGGUAAUUAGCUUCUACAAUCGGAAGCAGAAGCUCGAAAACGCGGCAGAACAAAUCGGUGACUCAAAACCUUCCCAUAGCUAAGUCAUGGAUCGUCUCAAUACCACUAGCUGUUUUUUUUUUUUUUUGUUUUACUGUUGUUGUAAAACAUAAUAAAGAAAGCCCUAAAAG